AACACCAAUCAGAAGCGCUGUGGCUCUAGCUGCGCAGGGGAGUUAUUGCAAGGGACAGGCUAGCUGCAAAAAAAAGCGUGCAUUGACUGCACAUAAUUUUUUUUUAUUUAUACAGAAAAAAAUAAAUAUCAUUAUAAUGCCUGGGAUGAUGGAUAAAGGGUCGGACUAUCUAGGGAAAGGUCGGUCUAACGGGACGAAAAGCCCCUCAAACGCCUCGAAUGGCCAUUUUUCUGAUGAGAGUGGCAGCGACGACGAGCACGAUGUCGGAAUGCGUGUGGGAUCCGAUUAUCAAGCCAGUAUUCCUGAAUAUGAUCCUGGUUCUACCAAAUACAGUGAUAAAGAAACUGGAGGAAUGUUGGUGUGGUCUCCAUAUCAUACUAUUGUGGACACUAAAUUGGAUGAAUAUAUUGCCAUUGCAAAGGAAAAACAUGGCUAUAAUGUGGAGCAGGCUCUUGGCAUGCUCUUCUGGCACAAGCACAACAUUGAGAAGUCCCUGGCAGACCUGCCCAACUUCACCCCCUUCCCAGAUGACUGGACGGUGGAGGACAAAGUGCUGUUUGAGCAAGCCUUCAGCUUCCAUGGCAAGAGCUUUCACAGGAUCCAGCAGAUGUUGCCAGACAAAUCCAUAUCAAGUCUUGUGAAGUACUAUUAUUCAUGGAAAAAGACCAGAUCCAGGACAAGCUUGAUGGACAGACAGGCAAGAAAGCUGGCAAACCGAAGUAAUCAAGAUGAAAGUGAUGAAGAAAUGGAGGAAGCUAACCCUAUUGAGGCAAACGACAGUGAUUACGACCCUAAUAAAGAGACGAAGAAAGAGAGCCAUGUUGAGCCACAGAUAAUGAGCUCUAAGAUCAGCAUGGGCCGGCGAGACCAUCAGACCCUGCAGCAUCGGCACCACUCACAGCGCUCCAAGUGCCGUCCACCCAAAGGCAUGUACCUCACGCAGGAGGACGUGGUGGCCGUGUCCUGCAGCUCCACCGCUGCUAACACUGUCCUCCGACAGCUCGACAUGGAGCUCGUCUCCCUUAAAAGACAGGUCCAAAAUGCCAAGCAGCUGAACAGUGCUCUGAAACAGAGGAUUGAAUCUGGCAUUGAUGAAUACCGGCUGCCUGAGUCCAACCAAAAAGUCAAUGCCCGCUGGACAACAGAUGAGCAGCUGCUUGCAGUUCAAGGAGUCCGCAAGUACGGCAAAGACUUCCAGGCCAUCGCAGAUGUUAUUGGCAAUAAAACAGUGGGGCAAGUUAAGAACUUCUUUGUGAACUAUCGGCGCCGUUUCAACCUGGAGGAGGUGCUGCAGGAGUGGGAAGCCGAGCAGGGAACUCGUGCCCCCAAUGGAGACAGCACAGCCGCUGGGGAGGACGGAAAAAACAGCUCCAACCCACCUUCAGGAAAGAGCACAGACGAAGAGGAGGAGGAGGGUCAGGUGACACCUGCCUCAGGACCAUCUCCCAUAGCUGUAGCGUCAUUGGCCAUGGCAGCAGCAAGUGGCAGCACCUCCUUGAAUCAGCCUCCGCCUUUACUACGGCCCUCUCUGCCAGCCACUCCUGCACUGCACCGCCAGCCUCCACCCCUCCAGCAGCAGGCCCGUUUCCUGCAGCCUCGUUCAGCUCUGAACCAGCCACCGCCGCUCAUUCGGCCUUCCAACCCACUCCCCCCACGCCUCAAUCCCCGCCCUACUGCACCCGUCAACACCGGCAUGGGCCCGCAGCCCCCCACGCUAGUGGGCAUCCCAUCUGAAAACCCAUCCUCCUCUCUGCACUGAGCAUGACCAGCACACUCAGAAUUGAGGGUGAGAAAGAGAAAGAAGCACUCACAGAUUCUUUUGUUGUUGAAUUUGUGGUAUUAUUUUCUAUCAGCGUUUUGUUAUAGUCAUCGGAGAGCAGUAUUGCUCAUGUACAGACGAGAGACAAAUUAAAAGAAAAACCUUUAACAUAAGAUGUGUUAGGAAAGUUUUGGGCCACGACAAUGUACCAGAACAGCUUCAGUGUUUCUUGCCAUAGAUUCUCCAAGUCUCUGGAAUGGUGCUGGAGUGAUGAACACCAUUCCUCCAAAAAAUAUUCCUCUGUUUAGUGUUUUGCUGAUGGUGGUGGAGAGCGCUGUCAAACAUGGUGCUCCAAAAUCUCCUACAGGUGUUGAGUUGGUUUGAGAUCUGGUGACUGUGAAGGCCAUAAAUUUACAUCAUAUUCACACUAAUCAAAUCAUUCCUUGAGCCCUUUUGCCAUGUGGUUUGGGAUGGAGUCACCCUGGAAGAGACCACUCUCACCAGGAUAGAAGUGUUUUGUCAUAUAGGAUAAAAGUGAUCUCAGAUGAACUUUGUAUUGAUUAUUAUUAUUCGCUGCAUCUCUUUCCUCUAAGGGGAUCUAAGUGGCCCCAAACCAUGCCAGAAAAAGCCCUUACAGCAUUAAAGAUCCAUUGGUUUUUCCUUUAAUUUGCCACCAGUCUGCAUGUGUGUAAUGUUAGCCUUUGACUGAUAUGUGUGUAUCGUGUUUAUUUAAAUAUUGUGUAACUGACCCUUUUUAAAAUGUUUUAAUCAUAACAUGUUGCUCUUAUGACUCCAUACAAGUGGCAAAAGACAACUCUGUGUUCUGUAAAUUUGUCUCGCAAUGAGAUUUGCUGCAAAACCAAAAGUCCAGGAGGUGGAGCUGGACCUGAUCCAACUCUAAUAACCCUAACCUGUGAGACGCUCUACAACACAGAACAAUACACUUAUCCAGCCUGAAACACACUGAGCUGUCUCCACCUCCUGGACCUUUGGCUCAGAUCUGCCUAGGCAGGAGGAACUGGAUUAGGUCUGACUUCACCUCUGGACUUUUGAUUCUGCAGUGACUGGUACUUGCUCACAGUCAGUGAGUGAGUGGUUGUGAGUGGUUUUUUUAGUUUAUUAUAAAAGGGCUAACCAAGUCCUGCUGUAUUUCCUUUUCCUGAUGUAAGUGUUCAGUGCACAGUUUUUGUGACUCUCUUGUCAUGUGUAUAUAAACAUUAUUUAUUUUUAUACUUGGUGCUAAGGACUACAGACAGAUUAAUGCCUAUCGUCACCAUAAAAGUGCUCUUAAGGUUUAAGAGAACAUUGUGUUUGUUUUAACGUUGAAAAUUCAGACUUUAAACAUUGUCACAAGGCUUGAAUCUCUCCACAAACUCCUGUGGUAUACAGUUAUUUGAAAUGAUAAUGAAUGGCCAAUUGAUUUUCAUUUAGAGUGGUAUGAAAGACCAUGGAUUAUGACCUUGCUGAUUAUGAACACUAAAAAUAGCUGACAUCAAGGGGUCUCAAACUUUAAGUAUCCCCUCAGUAAAAAAUUAUUUUAUGAACAUAAUUAUUUUGUGUAAUAUUCAGAUAUUAGGCUUAAUAUUUUGGUAAUAUAUUUGAAAUUUUAUGGACCUCAUUUCUAUUAAAAUUAGAAUACAGUCAUUAGAUUUCAGUAGACAUUAUUUAUAGAGCUACUUGUUUUUGAGUUAUUGAUGUUUGACCUGUCAAACAGGCUAAUAACUAGUAACUAAAUAUAAGAACUUCGGUGUUUCCACCACUGUAAAAAAAUUUAAAAGUCAUGGACCCCAUGGUUAUGCUUCACUGACCCCACUUCGAGAGCCAUGGUCUUACAUCAUCUCGCACACUCAUUUCCAUCCAGCUGUUAUUAUUUAUUUGUACAUGUUGGUUGGUGAUUUUGAAAUCAUUGCAUAGUAUAGCAGAUGAUUGAACCAGAGAUUAAGCUGUUGACUCGGUGUGUGAGUUCAGUCCCACGCUGGUAGUUUCUUAUUAUACCCUGUAGCAUUAAAUUAUGUACCUUUUUUAUGUAGAGGUGUUAUUGAUAUGUUUAUUUGCCUGUACAAAAUAAAUGGAUACUUGUUCUUCAUGUCAUAAUCAUCAGUGUUUUGCUGUAAUUCCACUUUGUUUUGUUAAUUCAGUCUGUAGAGAUUCUGGGUUUGUGCUAUUCCUGCAUGUCACUGUGUGUAAAUUCACUGUUGUGUAUGUAUUUUAAUCUUUUUGUGUUGUAUUUUAUCUCAUGUAUGCUCUGUGGUAUGAUUUUUAGUCUCUUUUCAUGUCCCAACUUUAUAGUUUCUUUAAUGUAAAUCUCAGUGUAAAUUUUGUCCCUUUUUACACAAUUACCUCUUAGAAUGUCAAAUUUAUUUAUAGCAUUUAUAGUAGGAACCACCUUCCUAGUGGAUUAAAACUCUUUCCCUGUAACACUUGACAGACACAAUGUCUACUUCCUCUGUAUUUCAGGCAUUAAAGCAGAAAUGUCCACACUAAA